AUGGAGGGAAGCGAAACGAAGCGUUCAGUCGAAAGGAUGGAAAAUGGCACAGCCUUCCCUAGUAUUGGUGAUAAUUUAAUUUGCUCCCUGCAAGAAGAGAACCGAAGCCUUAAAAUUAGAAUAGCCGGAGUCGAUACGCUGUCUUCAUUGCUUCGUGGCACCAGAGAUGAGUUGGAAACAGUUUGCGCUGAGAAAGAAAGUUUGGAAGUUGAACUUGCGAGGUUGCAGUGUAAAUACUCCCUUCUGGAAAAAGAUAUGACCGCAAAAGAAGCAUUGCAAAACACCGCUGGUCCAACAAAUCAAAUGUUUGAAUCCGUAUUAAAACAGAACAAGAAACUCAAAGAGGAACUACAGCAUUCGAGGAAAGCAGCCAUGUCCACCGAGAGCAUCUUUGGACCAGAAGCUUUGUCUGAAUUAGUUUCAUUCAAAGAAGAUCUUGAAAUGGAAAUCAAGAAUUUGCAGAAGGCAAUGAGAAACAAAGAAGAAGACACAUCAAUAUCUCAAGUUGCUAGGCUGCUAGGGCAAGUAACCAAGUUAGAGUAUCAAUUAAAAGCUAAAGAGGAAGAGUGUGUUUCUUUAAAAUCAGAAAUUGAUGCUUUCAAAGUGCUUUCUAGUGAUGAAAAAAGCAAAGACCAAUUGUUACAAAAUUCAUUCACUGAGGUGGAAUCAAAAGAAAUUUCACUAGAAUUGACUGAAAAAAAGGAAGUUGAAAGAGAAGAUUUCAGUUCACAGUUUGCAGGGUUGGUUAUGGAUGUGUCAACACAAACAUCAUCAGAAGAUGAUAUUUUUAAAGAAAAAAACACUAUCAAAAAGGAAUUCACACACAAGGAUUUUGUCCAACAAAGAAAUCAGUGCUCAUUAACACGUAAAAACUCCAAAAGGGCAAGUGGAGAGUGGAAUUUGGCAAAGAAAAGACACUCUGAUUUGUUUGAAGACGACUGGAACAUAGAUAAAAUCAAUACAACUGAACAGCUGAAAGUCACUCAAGAAUUGUUAGUGCAGGCCAAUGAACUAAUUGGAGUUUUAACUGAAGAAAAUGAUAGGCUGCUUCAAGUCAAUGCAAUGCUUCUCCAAGACACCACCAAAACUGACAAUCAAAAGGCUACGAGAGAAGAGGUUUUGGAUCGCCUAAGAUUUCUAUUCUCAGAGUGCAGCUAUGAUGAGGCAGAUUAUAAAGAGAUUGGAUGCAUCCAGGACAUUGAAAUGAGCCAUUUACACGGUGGUGAAGGAAGAAAGGGCUUUGAAUCUAAAGACGAGUAUAAAGGAAGUGAAGCUAAACAACUAAGUAAAGAGGAAGUUUUGAUAAAUAAUAAUAAACAUCCAAUGGGUAAUAUUAUUGGUCAGAUGGAUAAAAAAGGUGUACAAAUUGAGGAAACCAAACAAGGUAUUACAACUAGUUGCGAUGAUUUUUUCGAUCAUAACAAUGUAGACCAUGGAUCCGUAAUGAGAAGUGGUGAUUUAAAAUCUAAAGCUGGUCCAAAGUGUGUUCACACAAGAGACAGUGGUGUUGAUAUCUGCGUCCUAGAAAGUGAACGUAAUUUAACCGAUCAUAUUAUUGGGAAAGUCGAGGAAUGUCCAGAGUCAUCAGACGGUAGUUCAAAGGUACGAGAAGGAUCCGACGAGAAUAUCAAGUUAAGGAAGGAGCUUGAAUUGAAGGAUUUGAAACUCAAGGAAGUUGAAGAAAAGAUAUCAAAGAUGGAGGCCGAGUUGAGAUCACUAGAAACAAAGACAAAAACGAUGGCUGAAGGAAAACUUGAGGGUAACGAAAAAGCUGGCUGUACGAAGAAAAGGCUUUGGAAGAGCAUCGGCCAUAUUCCGAGUUCCGUACAUUCCACAACACACCAGAGAAUUGUCUUUGAGAGUGAUGUUUGAUAACAAAGUAGCGUCUAGAAGAUUUGCAGAUGUAUAUUUAUAUGUUUAGAAGCGGUUCUCUAAUGUAUCAUAUUGAAAAGUGGUGCUCAACAAUCAACAGUAAACGGUGAUGAACCCUUCAAUGAUUCCGCUAUUGUUUAUUGGCAGCAUCAAUGCAAUAGUUUGAUGAUUCGCUGCGUUUCUGAAGGCGUUUGUGGUUAUCGACUGAAUCUUCGUUUGUACUUCAACCGGAAAGGCACCAAUGUAUAUAUAUAUAUAUGAAGAGGUAUUCUUUUGGCCACCAUUAUAUGGUCAUAGACUUGUAUUAUUACGAAAGCCUUUUUGGCUGCUACUUUAGUAGCAUAGGCAGUAAAGUUUUUUUAUACUUAGGACAAUCAACCUUUUUUCUUUCUUUAAUACAAUUUUCCGUUCCCACUUCUAUGCUUUUGUGUGUUGGAGGUAGAAAUACCCAUAACUUCUUGCGACAUUAUGACAACUUGGUGACGUCAUUUGAUUAAAGCAACGUUUUUAUCAUGAUCCUGUGGUCCAGUCCAGUGGCCACCAACAUGGCUUGUUAGACGAAUGGACUAAUAUGUAACCAUAAAACCUUGAAUUAUUGUUAGCGUGGUGAAUGUUUAGUCACCGAAUCCUUUUACGACGAGGUGAUACUUAUUGCAACUGUUUCCUGCAAGAUGGUAUAAUAUCUUGAUGAUUCGAGCUAAGCUCUUUUCUUUGCAUUAAAAUUUGAAGAUGUAGAAUUUCACAUUUCUGGCACCGAUGAAACUUAUUAAGUGUGAUGAUAAUUGAUCAUGAAAACCUUAAAAAACGUUCUUGGACUGUUCUUAAUGUGCUCGUGAAAUGGCCUCACCAAGUGCGCUCAUUAUAACAAGCGUUUUCUUCAUCGUACUUAAAGAUGAAUACUUAGAGAUUCAUCAUACUCAGGAACAGAAAACGAUUCGGAGAGGUUAAAGGGCAUGUGUCGUGAACAUGAUUGGCUAAUGCAAUACAAUCAUCUCUUUUGUUUAGCACAAAGCAUGGAAGUAAAAAUUCAAGAUAAAGAAAGGAAAAGUCACGAAACAAUGGAAUUCCACUCCAAACGCUUUUGUUUUAUUAGCCAACUGUUAAUGUGACAUAUGCCCUUUAAGGUGUGUAGGUAUAUGGAAAAAGCGCUUCAAAAGAUAUUAGGGCUUGUAUUUACUUUAGUUAGUUUUUUGCUUUAAUUUUUGUAAAUGUAACCUUUUCAUACAUUUUGUAUGCAUAAAUUGGAUAUUCUUGAAACUGAUUGAUUUGUGCUUAAUCGAGGACAGCACGAUUGAAAACAGAGAACCUAUUCUUUGCUACGACUAAGUUCGUUACCGAAACCUCGUUUUGUAGCAUAUAAUACCAAUGCAUUGUAAUACCAAUGCCUUCUUAUA